CUGACGCGCAGUCUACCUAGAUUCUCCUCCACGUCGACCCUCAAGGAAUGCCGACAACGCCCCUCCCUAUACGUCUGGCGGAAUUUCACGGUUUAAUUGCGGGUCACCCGCUCAAUCGACCUUUCGGAUUGCUUCGUUGAUCGAAGCUUGUGUUGAUAUCGGUCCAGUGAUAUUCGGGACUUGGCGGACAAAAUGGCGUGGGAUCACCUCGACAUCGAUAAGCCGCAUCUGGCCUACAUGAUCCUUGGCGGUUUCACCGGCCUGUUCAUGCUCUGCUCCCUCUUCGUCAAGGAGAAACUCUACAUCGGCGAAGCUACCGUCGCCACUCUCUGUGGCAUCAUCUUCGGUCCCCAUGCCGCAAACCUCUUCAACCCCCUCUCCUGGGGCAACGUCGACAAGAUCACCCUCGAGUGCUCCCGCAUCGUCCUCGUCGUCCAAUGUUUCGCCGUCGGCGUCGAGUUGCCCAAGGCCUACAUGGAGCGCCACUGGAAGUCCGUCAUCAUGCUCCUCGUUCCCGUCAUGACCUGGGGCUGGUUGAUCACCAGUCUCUUUAUCUGGUGGAUGGCCGAGCCGCUGAGCUGGGUUGAGAGUCUCGUCUGCGCCGCCUGCGUCACCGCCACCGACCCCGUCCUCGCCUCCUCCGUCGUCGGUAAGGGCAAGUUCGCCAAGCGUGUGCCCAAGCAUCUGCGUGACCUCCUCUCCGCCGAGUCCGGCUGCAACGACGGCAUGGCGUUCCCCUUCAUCUACCUCUCCUUCUACAUCCUCCGCUACGCCUCCCAUCCCAGCGAGCUCGCCCUCCACUGGUUCUGCAUCUCCAUCCUCUACGAGUGCGUCGUCGGCGCCAUCUUCGGGCUUUCCAUCGGCUAUCUCGCCCGUCACGCCAUUCGCCUCGCCGAGCGCAAGGGCCUCAUCGACCGCGAGAGUUUCCUCGUCUUCUACUUCGUCCUCGCCGUCUUCUGCGCCGGCUCCGGCAGCCUUCUCGGCAUGGACGAUUUGCUCAUCGGCUUCUGCGCCGGUGUCGGCUUCAGUAACGACGGCUGGUUCACCGAGAAGACCGAGGAGUCCCACGUCUCCAACGUCAUCGAUCUCCUUCUCAAUCUGGCCUACUUCGUCUACUUCGGCUCCAUCAUCCCCUGGGAGGACUACAACAACCACGCCAUCGGCCUCACCCCCUGGCGCCUCGUGGUCAUCGCCCUGCUCGUCAUCUUCUUCCGCCGCCUGCCCAUCAUGAUGCUGCUGAAACCCGCCAUCCCCGACGUCAAAACCUGGCGCGAGGCUCUCUUCGCCGGCCAUUUCGGCCCCAUCGGCGUCGGCGCCAUCUUCGCCGCUAUCCUCGCCCGCGCCGAGCUCGAAAACGACAGCACCCAACCCCUGUCCGAGGCCGAGCUCCCCAAGGCCGGCACCAAGGACUACUUCGUCGUCCAGCUCAUCUGGCCCAUCACUACCUUCCUGGUCAUCUCCUCCAUCUUGGUCCACGGCUCCUCCAUCGCCGUCUUCACCCUCGGCAAGCGCAUCAACACCCUGACCGUCACCCUGUCCUACACCCAGGCCAACGAGGAGGGUCCCUCGUGGAUGAACCGUUUGCCCCGCGUCCAGUCGCUCGCCAAGGGCUCCAUGUCCUUCCGCAAGACCGACGAGGUUGAAGACUCCACCACCGAGCCCGAGUACCCGCCCGGCACCCUGCCCCCGAUCGGCAUGCCCGGUAACUUCCUCCGCCGCCAACGCGACGAGGACGACUCGCCCCCCGGCCGCACCCCGAGUCGCUCCGCUCGUCGCCGCCGCCGCCACCGCGGGCGCUCCUCCGACGGCGCCGGUGGUCCCAUCAGCCAGUCUGCCAUCCACCCCCAGCGACCCUCCGACACCGGUCUGGACGAGAAGCAGGACAGCAACGCCGAGCAGGCCGGCGGCUUCCACCGCGUGCCCGUCAUGGAGGUCUACCUCGAGGGUCACAACAUGAUCAUGGAGGACGAGGACGGCAACGUCCUCCAGACCAAGGACAUCAGCCACAUGUCGCCCGAGGAGCGCGACCGCCACAUCGAGGAGCAGCGGGCGAAGCUGGUGCGCGAGCGCCCCGUCGAGGGCGCAGUCGAGACCGACGCAGCCCCGACUCCAGCCGACGGCGCGGAGACCCCGGCCCCGGCUGCAGAGGAGACGCCCGCCGGUCCGGUUGCCUCGAUGCGCCGGCGUUUCGCCCGGUUCGUGGGCAUGGACCGCUCUCCCGUGUCCGCGCCAGAGACCCCUGACACCGCCACCCCGGCCGGCCCAUCGUCGCCCGCGGCAGCCGCCCCGCGCGCCUCCGCGCCCAAGCCCAAGGGCAAGGCGCGUUCUGCCCACGCCUACCAAUUCGGCAACACCAUCAUCGUGGAAGAUGAAGACGGCGAGGUGCUCAAGAAGUAUUCGAUCCCGUCGUCGUCGUCCGAGCGUCCCGAGGGCGCCGCCCCCGUGCGGCGCGGCCUCACCCGCAUGGGCACCUGGUUUGGCAUGGAAGAAAAGGACGAGACGGCGCAGCAGCAGAAGCAGACCGCCAAGAACCGGCAAGCCGCCCGGGACGAGUGGAUGGCGGACGACGGCCUGCGGUUCACCAUCGCCGCGGACGACACCGUCGGCCGCCGCGGCGUCGGCCACAAGGGCACGCGCAUGACCAAGCACCAGUUCGCGGAGCAGCUGCGCAACCUGGGGCCGCGGGCGCGUCACACCUUCGUCGAGGAGUCGGACGCGCCCGAGCGGGUCAAGGACGCCGCGCGGUCGCACGCGGAGGCGGCGGAGGAGCGCCAGAGUCAGCAGCCGUCCCGACGACAGUCCGACCCGGGCGUGACCCCGCGUGCCGAUGGCAUCGCGCGCGAUCCCAUCGAAGCCGCCGGCCGCGCCGCAGCCGAGGAAGACCUGACGUCGUCGAGCGAAGUCAGCGACGAGCCAGACCAAGCGGCGGGACGAGCCGGCCACGGCAAGGACGUCGCGGCGUCGCUGGCGCGUGUCACCCACGGCAGCGCCGCCCAAGCCCGCCGCAGCAACCUCAACCCGUCGCAGCUGCGAGCACGACGAGACUCGGAAGACGACGGCACGGACCGAGUGCCCCCGUCGGAGCUCCGACAGGCUGCGGGGCUGGAUCGGCCCCCGCAGGAGGCCGACCUAGGCGAUACGGGCGAGACGCCGGCCGAACGACGCCGUCGUCUUGCCGCCUUGGGCGAGCUAGGCUCGGACUCUGACUCUGCCUCUGAAGACGACGACGACGACGAGGCGAUCGAGUCCGGGAGUGAAGACGGGGACGAAGACCGCCGGGGUAAGCCCGGACGAGGCGAGUCAAGUUCGUCCGAGUCGGCACAACGGCAUCGGACGAAGAUCUCGUGGGGGGGUGAGAAGGGGCGGUGAUUGAUGAUCACGUAGUAUUAUUAUGCUGAUUGAUUGGUUAUAUUGAUUGAUGAUAGUUAUUGAUUGGUCGAUUGAUGUUGAUUAGAUUGAUUGACUGAUUGAUGGUUGAUGAUUGAUUGAUGAUUGAUUGAUUGAUUGAUUGAUUGAUUGAUUGAUUGAUUGUAUAGGAAGGGCAAAGGAAAGGACAUAGGAUAAUAGAUAUACAUACAGAUACA